AAAAGUAAAGUCGACAAACUUAGAGAACCAAAAGCAAGGGCGUGAGAAGAACAAGAGAAGCACGUUGUCCCCUAAUUAAGAAGAAAGACUCUUCUUCUCCCACUUCUUGGGAACAACAAUGGCUUACCAAAAUGAUGAUGAAGGCUCUAUUGGGACCUCCAUGCAUGGAGUUACGGCGAGGGAACAAGUCUUCUCCUUCUCUGUCGACGGCAAUGCUAGCCAUUUGAUUCAAGUCGUCCGAUCGGAUGAUCCAACGGCUAAGUUUUCCUUGCCGGUUGACUCAGAACAUAGAGCAAAAGUGUUCAAACCAUUUUCAUUCGCCAAACCACACAUGAGAGCUUUUCACUUAGGAUGGAUUUCUUUCUUCACUUGCUUCAUCUCUACUUUUGCCGCCGCACCUCUCGUUCCCAUCAUCAGAGAUAACCUCGAUUUGACCAAAAAUGAUAUUGGAAACGCCGGAGUCGCCUCGGUUUCCGGCGCUAUUUUCUCUAGGCUCGCUAUGGGAGCUGUUUGUGACUUGCUCGGGGCUAGGUACGGAACGGCGUUUUUGCUGAUGUUAUCAGCUCCAACAGUGUUUAGCAUGUCCUUUGUGGCUAACGCUGGUGGCUACUUAGCCGUCCGGUUCAUGAUUGGUUUUUGUCUAGCAACGUUCGUGUCAUGUCAAUAUUGGACAAGCGUGAUGUUCAACGGCAAGAUAAUCGGACUUGUCAACGGAUGUGCCGGAGGGUGGGGAGAUAUGGGAGGAGGCGUGACUCAGCUACUCAUGCCAAUGGUCUUCCACGUCAUCAAACUCGCCGGAGCCAGUCCCUUUGUGGCGUGGAGGAUCGCCUUCUUCGUCCCCGGGUUUCUACAGGUCAUUAUGGGCAUUCUUGUGCUCACUCUUGGACAAGAUCUUCCUGAUGGAAACCUUAGUACUCUACAGAAGAAAGGAGAUGUUUCCAAAGACAAGUUCUCCAAGGUAUUUUGGUAUGCUGUGAUGAACUAUAGAACGUAUGUGUUGUUCCUUCUCUAUGGAUUUUCCAUGGGAAUCGAAAUGACCAUCAACAAUGUUAUCUCAGAGUAUUUCUUCGACAGGUUUCAACUUCAACUUCACACAGCUGGUAUGAUAGCAGCCAGCUUUGGUAUGGCUAACUUCUUCGCUCGUCCCCUUGGUGGCUAUGCAUCUGACAUGUCUGCUCGGUUUUUCGGUAUGAGAGGGCGGUUAUGGACCCUUUGGAUUUUACAAACUUCUGGUGGACUUUUCUGUGUUUGGCUAGGCCGUGCUACUUCACUUCCUAUAGCUAUUUUAGCCAUGAUGCUCUUCUCAGUUGGCGUGCAAGCUGCUUGUGGAGCUAUCUUCGGCAUCGUUCCUUUUGUCUCGCGCCGCUCCUUAGGGCUAAUAUCAGGACUUACCGGUGCAGGAGGAAAUUUUGGAUCGGGACUAACUCAACUGAUUUUUUUCUCUUCCUCAAGAUUCCACACUGCCGAUGGCUUGUCGAUGAUGGGAAUCAUGGCGAUGGUUUUUACGCUUUUGGUUGCGUUUAUACAUUUUCCGCAAUGGGGAAGUAUGUUUUUUGGACCAACAAGUGACGAGAAGAAAGUAUUGGAAGAGCAUUAUUACGCAGCCGAGUGGACUGAGGAAGAGAAGCGGCAAGGAUUGCAUGAAGGUAGCCUUAAAUUUGCAGAGAAUAGUCGAUCAGAAAGAGGCCGAAAGGCGGCUGUGGACGGUGCCUCCACGCCAGAAAAUCGAACCCCGGCUCAUGUUUAGUCUCACGGAAUAGAAUGUUUUAUCUCCACAUGUACACACUGAGAGACACGACACACACAUUAUACUACUAUAUAUGGUGAGGCAUAUAAUCAUAUGCUAUGUUAUAGAGCUUAUUCUCCCGUUGGUAUGGGCUAUACGUUUCACGGUUUUAUAUAUUUAACAAGCAAGAUCUUAAUUAAUUUGAUUACAUGAUGUUUGAUAAAUUAUGGGCUUCAUAACUCAAACUUAGUGUGUGGCUUGUUUCUUGUUUUAUAGUAUUAAGUUUCCUCUUCCAUCAUUACCAACUUUAUUUUCAUAAAAUUGACAUGCAUCUUUAUGCAUUAAUUAUCAAUCAAAUGUCAUAUCAUUUAAUGCUUUUAAGCAAAAGUCUAUGAAUUCUUACUCCAACAUUUAAAUCACAUUGAAAAGUACGAUUUUAAUUAACCAAGUUGUGGUGGACUA